GCAAAACGAAAAAACUAACGGCGGCCGGAGCACGAACGCCUCGCGCCGCUGGUCAUCAUCACCACCCACCGGAUUUGCUUCCUCCUCCUGUUAUUCUAUUCGCUUAUUUACCCCCCUCCACUUCGUCCCUCCUGAUCAUCAGAGGGCAGGCCAGCGGAAUAAUCUAUCCCGCUGGUAAACAAAACACAAAGUAUCUUCCCUGCCAUUUCCAGCUCGUCCCUUCGUCGUCUUCUAGCUUUCGUCCUCGCGCAGCCGAGAGAGAGAGGGAGGGAGGGAGGGAAGGAGAGAGAGGGAUUCAUGGAGCUGGGGAGCCAUCACCUGGCGGCGCACAGCUGCAGCUACACAACCACCUACACCCACUGCUCCAUCGGCUUCUCCCCUCGGGUCCGCACCGCCGGCUGGAUCCGCGCGGCGGCCGACGGCGGCGACGGCGGCGCCGACCGGCGGCGGAGGGGCGCCAGCCUCGCCGCCGAUGGCCCCAGGGUCGUCGAGGUCACCGCCGCCACCGUGGCCAGCGGGGCCGCCGGGGAAGCCGGGACUGGGAGCGCGGGCUUCGGAGCCCGGGACGCGGAGCUCGCCAUGUGGGACAAGCUCGGCGCGGUCGUCAGGCUCAGCUAUGGCAUUGGGAUUUACGGAGCCAUGGCGCUCACUGGAAGAUUCAUAUGCCAAAUGGCCGGGAUAGACUGCACGGGGGGCUUCCAUCCGUCGCUCACGGCGCUCGUCGAGGGGCUCGGUUACGCAGCUCCGCCGAUCAUGGCUCUGCUGUUCAUCCUCGAUGAUGAAGUUGUCAAAUACUCACCUCAUGCGCGCGCCAUCAGAGAUGUGGAGGACGAGGAGCUUCGCAGCUUCUUCUUUGGAAUGUCACCAUGGCAGUUCAUGCUCAUUGUGACCGCUAGCUCAAUUGGCGAGGAGCUGUUCUACCGUGCAGCUAUUCAGGGAGCUUUGGCUGAUAUUUUCCUGAGGAGCACGGAGCUCAUGAAAGAUGCUAGAGGGAUUGCAUCCCUGAGUGGAAUUGUUCCUCCUCUGGUUCCAUUUGCUCAAACGUUCGCAGCAGUCAUCACUGCAGCCCUCACAGGAUCCCUCUACUAUAUCGCCACUGCUCCGAAAGACCCUACUUAUGUGGUGACUCCAGCGAUGCGCUCACGCUCAGGGCGGGAUAACCUCAAGAAAUUAUUUGCAGCUUGGUAUGAGAGGAGGCAAAUGAGGAAGAUAUACUCCCCGCUUCUAGAAGGAAUCCUGGCUUUCUACCUUGGGUUCGAGUGGAUCCAGACCGACAACAUCCUGGCUCCUAUGAUCACCCACGGCAUAUACUCCGCCGUUGUCCUUGGACAUGGGCUCUGGAAAAUCCACGACCACAGGAGAAGGCUGCGCCAGCGGAUUCAGCAAGUUAGAAGCCAAGGGAAAAGCUCAGACUCGUUGUAACUGCAUCGUAUGAUCGAAUCGAUCAAUCAGUCAGAAGACCAGGCGUCUGACAAGUUUUGAUCCAGCUAACCAACAUAGCUAAUUAAGAUAGGUACAAGAUUGAGGAAGAAAAAAAUAUAUACUCAUGUAAUGUAGAUACAGUCUGUACAUAUGCUGAUAAUAGUAUGCAGGAUGGAAUCUACAUAGGCACUAGUAUAGUGUACGACUCCAAGUUUGUACUCCUAUUGUGUAUGCAAGGAAAAUAGAUAGUCCACUCUUUGUGUUUUGUCCCUUACA